AUGGUGAUCCUCUUGGUUGAGCUCUGCGAGAGGUUGACAUACUACACACUGGCAGGGACGCAGAAAAUCUACUUGCAAAAUCAGCUCCACAAGUUGCCCUCCACGGCAGCAGCGCUGAACUCGGUCUUCAGCAUGCUCUGUUACUUCUGGUGUAUCCCGGGCGGCCUGAUCGCAGACUCUGUGGGUCGUUACAAGACCAUCAUCGGUGCGGGUGCAAUCUAUGCCACCGGCACACUUUGCGUGGCUAUUGCUGUAGUUCAUGCCUUCCAGACCUCGCUUGGGUGGAUGUUUACCGGCGGAUGCCUCGUGCUUAUCGCUGCUGGCACAGGUGGCAUCAAGCCAAACAUUGCAAAUUUCGGCGCGGACCAGAUUGGUGACGAAACUGAGAGCCAGCGGGAAUGCCAAAAGACUUACUUCUCUCUGUUCUACCUGGCCAUCAACAUCGGGGUUCUGUUUGCCUUUGGAUUCUUCACGAACAUCACCACUGGUGGGCUCCCUGGUGUGGUGUCCCAGAGUGAGGGCUACUCCUUUGCGUAUGGGGCCGGAGCUGUCUUUAUGAUAGCAGCGGUGUUGAUCUUUAUCUCCUUCACUCCAUCUUACCGGCGGCUGCCUGGAAAUGGUCUCGGACCUGUGAAGCGUCUGGUCCGCUAUCAGUGCCGUUCCUUGCGUGGCGGCGGCUGGCGAGCUGUGAUGUCGGCCAUUGGUUGGCUCUGCUUGCCCCUCUUCUACAUAGUCACCCUUGCAGCCGUGUUGACACCGAAAGCGACAACUGCAAGCGAGCAGGUCUUUCUGGAUCCAUGCUCUUCCGCCUCGGGUACUCGCCGGCUUCACGGAGGGACCAUCUCCAUCAACGAUACCCUCAACGACACGGCCUUGGCUUUGGGCAGCUUGGCCUGCGUCUGCCUCGUCGUCGCCAACGUACGUUGCUCUUGGGUGCAAAAGCUCGGCGACGAGUCGAAGAAUUCUUUCAACCAGGUGGAAGCUGCACGAACCUUCGCUGCGAUUCCUGUCAUUAUCGUGGUCAACCUCUCCUUCAGUCUCUGCUACAACUCCAUGAACAACGCAUUCCCAUCGCAGGCCUGCCAAAUGGAUGUCCGCCUAGGAGGAGGGCAGCUGAACGGAGCUUUCUUCAACAUCGCGGAUGCCCUGGCCAUCGUCGUCUUCACUCCCAUCUUCGAGUCCUGCGUCUAUCCGCUGAUUGCGCGCCUGAAGGGCAGUCCUGUAUCUUUGGGACAGAAAAUGGUUACUGGACUUCUCGUUGCCGCAGUCUCCAACUUCUCAGCUGCAGUGCUGGAGGUGAAAAGACGGGCGGCUCCUCCUCUGUGUGACGUCGGCUUUUCGCAGUGUGCGCCAGGAUAUUCGGAGGAUGGGCUGGCAGGGACAAGAAUGCGGGACAUCAGCGGCUUCUGGAUUUUUCUGCCCUACAUCCUGGUAGGAAUCGCCGAGAUCCUUGUAAACCCGUGUGAUCCAGCCGCUCAGGAGCCCGCACGCGGAGAUGUCUUCGCGGAGUUCGCCGCACUGGCUCCGGCAGCAGAAGGUCCAGCGGCAGGUGGUCCACGACCGAGCAUGGCCUUGAGGGAGCCCACCAGUCAGAUGCAGAUGAGCAUGGGAUCCACGCAGCCGGAGAGCAAAGACGAAUGGGCGUCUUUCGACUUGCCGGCGCAGCCCGAUGCGUCCUUGCCGAGUGCGGCUUCUGGCUCCGGUCAAGCUGGACAAAGCCGACCGGCAGAGUCUGCGAACAGCGGGGAAUGGGCGUCCUUCGACUUCCCCGGGCCUUCAGCCUCGCCAUCAUCGCCUUCAGGUGGCAGGGCUCCUGAGGAGCCAGCGGGCGACAUGUUUGCGGACUUCCCGGCACCCAUGCCGGCACCGGUGGCCACAGAUGCGUCUGCAGCAACGACAGGUGGUGCAAACAUUGCUUCGGCAGAUGCGGUGCAGGAGCCAACCAGUCAGAUGCAGAUGAACAUGGGAUCCACGCAGCCGGAGAGCAAAGACGGCCCAAAUCCCAGUUCUGAAGACCAUUUGGACUGUCAUCAUCUAUCAUCCCAAGCAAACCCGGACUCAGAAUGGGCGUCUUUCGACUUGCCGGCGCAGCCCGAUGCAUCCUUGCCGAGUGCGGCUUCUGGUGCCCGCAUCUGGAAGAAUUGGGCGGGAGCUUCGUCGAAUCACAAUGUUAUCCGAGCACAGGUACUGCAACGGCUGCUCCCAACAGCGCGGCAGAAGAAGGAGGACAGAGCCCCAGAUCCAGUUCCCGGGACCCGUGUUUGCGUGAAGCUAGUGCUUGUGCUGCAGAAUGGGCUUCCUUCGAUUUCCCGGCACAGCCAUCGUCGGCAUCUGGAGGUGCUUGACUGCAGAGUCGAGAGCACGGAUGUUUAUCUGCCGCCGUUGCUUGGAGGUGCAGGCGCGGCGGCGAAGCCCAGCGUGUCUCCGCAGUGGGAUGCCUUCGAUGAGCUGGAUGAGAGCCCCAGUGCGGCCAACGACAAGUGGGAUGCUUUUUCGGGUGCCAUGGAGGAGCCACAUGGCGACGCAGGCUCCGGCCAAGCUGGACAAAGCCGACCGGCAGAGUCUGCGAACAGCGGGGAAUGGGCGUCCUUCGACUUCCCCGGGCCUUCAGCCUCGCCGUCAUCGCCUUCAGGCCUGUUCAAAGCGUCAUCGUGGUUUGGGAUCCAGGCUGUCGCUGUAAAAACACUUCACUAG